CUACCACUGUAGAAAUUCGGUCUUGCAUCAAACCGGUCGUGCUGAAAGAGUCGAGUCAAGUCGAGUGCACGUGAUCUGAUUGAUCAUUCUUUAGAAGGCUAAGUAUUUUAAAAAAGGGCUUCAGCCGUGGAUACUUUCUCGGUCUGACGCACAUCCUGGCAAACAAUUUCUCGAAUUUCACUCAAAUCGGCCACAAAAACAAAACACCAUGACAUCUUCUCCUGUGUACUACCUUUCGCCGCUAUUAGCCUUCGAGUUGGGGCUACGACAGAUGCUCUUUGCUCUAAUAGUUCCACUCUUGAUAAUUUGUGGCACGGGAGAGGCUUUUUCUCUUUCUACAACAUCCGCUGUUCUUGCAAAGGGGAAAACCAGCAGCACGCAAGUAGAUAUUGCGGCACCAUGCAUCCUAGGCCCCGGAACACGCGAGGGCUUUGGCAUUACGCAUGAGUACCCUAUUAUUCCACCAGAGGGAUUAUCUCUGGCAGGCGUGGUGGAAGAGUCGACCAUCGAACGCUUACAACUGACGGCUACCAACCUUACCAUUCCCAUUGCUGUGAUGCUGGUGGAUCCCACGGCAUUCCCGUCUCUCUCCAAGGCCCGAAAAGCGUGUCGACAAGGAAGAAUUUGCUGGAAGCGACAACAACAACCAGAAGAGGAGGAUGUGUCCCUGCCUCGCAAGGCACACGUGGGCGAUCGAAUAUACCCAGGCACCAUUUUAUACCAGCAACAACGAAUCAGCCAUGGAAGCUACUCGGCAUUGUUAUCCAACCGUCCCUUGCCAGUCCAUGUGUCAGUUGUGUACGAAGAUGAUGCCUUGGCCAUUGUGAACAAGCCGCCGGGAAUGCUGGUCUAUGCCGAACGAGGGUAUCAGCGAAACACGCUCAAGCAUACUUUACCCUAUAUUCUCACGCCACCGUCUCAAAUUCCAUUGGAACAACACAAUGAUACGGCACUGGAACGACCCGAACUCUGUCAUCGACUGGACAAACCCACAGGAGGACUCGUGGUGGUGGCUAAAACGAGACGGGCUGUCGUCCAUUUAUCGCGACAAUUCGAAGAGCGAACAGUGCAAAAAACGUACACGGCUAUCCUCAAUGGCAAACUCACGACGACCAGCGAGGAAAAUUGGCAUUUGGCGGAAAAUGUCAUGGAUGGAAAACACGCCACAACCAUGUGGCGUCCCGUGCGAUAUCAAUCGUCUCCCUUGGCCAACAAUCAAACAUUGACUGUCGUGGAAUUGCAACCCAAAACGGGACGCUACCAUCAAUUGCGACGACAAAUGGCAUGGAUCCACGGUUGCCCCAUUGUCGGGGAUCCCCUAUACGGUGGCAGGUUGCCAGAUGGGAAACGCUUUGGACGAGGAUUGAUGCUCUGUGCCAAUAAGAUUUGUUUGCAACAUCCCUAUUACUCUCCUCGCUCGAACGGUGGCAACAACAAUAACCAACAACAGCAAUGGAUCCAAGCCGAGAUUGGUCUUCCCGACAAAUUCGAGACCUUUUUGGCAGCUCACGAGAACAAGUGGUGCCAUCGAGGUGCAUCGUUCGGAAACGAAAACGGAACUGACCGUUGCCGAUCCACAUGAAAUCGGCACGAUUGACGCUGCGGCAAAACCCAAGAAACGUCUCUUUCCUGGAAA